GGAAGUUGUGACGUCAGGAUCUGUUGCCCAUGAGAGGGAUGUUCGUUCUUUUGUGAACCUCCAUCAUUGGCCGGCCCGAUGCGCAACUAUCAGGGUGUGUUGAUCAAGACCGGCAAGGUGUCGUGUACGCCGUGUGUGCGGCCCUACGCCAUCACGGAGGAGCAGGGGGUGCACUACCUCAUCUACCCCUCCAAGCAAGUCUUCAGGCGCAGAGAGGUAUGGGUGCAUGCGUGUCACACACUGACUCACACACUCACUGCGGUGGUUUCUGUGGUUUUCUUUGUGCUUGCUGCAGCAAAAGAUCCCUCUGGUGCGGUUUACCUGCGAAGAGCCGAGGGCAGCCACAGAUGAGGAGGUCAAGGCCGUAAAAACAUCAGGUUCAACGACCGCCGCCCUCGCCCAUAACACACAAGACACACAAAACACACCUGUGCACGCCUCUGUGUGUCACACAGGUGCGCUUCGUCAGUUCCGAAGGGCGUCGACUUUGCCGUCAGGCCGGCGAAAAUCGCUAGAAAUGCCUCCUGACCCCGGUUUCUGCUUCCAAAUAAACGUGAAGCUGAGGCUCAAGGAGCAUGGCAACGUCAUCACCAAAAAACUCGCCAUCUUCGUCGUGUAGGCCGCCACACACACUGGAUGAACGGACGGAUGAAUGUGUUAUGACAGGGGGAGGCAGUUGAAUGUCCGACUUUGUGUGUUGUGUGUAUAGGCCUGAGGAGAACAAUUUCACUGCUAUGUACACCAAGAUACGGAAGAUCUCCCAAACUGCAAGUGAGGUCGAUUCGAUACUCACAAGCUCCUAUCACCAAGUUCCUGAUCCGCUGUCUAUCUCUUUUUCCAUACGCAGCUGCGGCGCCACCUGUGAUGGGCGCGGUGGGAUAGACCAGCCAAUGAUAUCAGAAAGCGGAAGCUGCCAUUGUUCAUGUCUCCUGCCUCCCUCCCUCUGUCUGCCGCAAUGUGCUCAGAAUCUCGCCCUCACGGCAAUGUAUUCGGGCAUCGACUCAGACGAAGAACAGUAGGCACCCCUUGAACCCGUCUACAAGCACCACGUGUGAUCUGCGCUCUCUGUGUCCAAUCCUCCAUGUCUCCCAUCAUCAGCCACGGUGCCGACAGGAGCUCUUUCAAGUCUCUCGGAGUGGAGUCGCCCCGGACCAACCAGCUGGGAGUAUCAAUGGCCACAGAGACAUCAGCACACGAAGGCGGGACGGUGAGUCCAGCUGACUCAUGUCAUGCAGAUGUCUGAAAUGCACCAACAUGCACCGUCUGGUGUCAUCCAUGUGUGCAGGCAAGCGUCGAAAGAGGGGACACUGGGGAGAAGGAGGCAGCGGCUACAGCGGACCAGGCAAGGCGGACUGGACUUGCUGUUCGAGGAAUGGCCUGUCUGCCUGAAUGAGACGUAUCCGUGUGUGUGUGCAUGCAUGUAGGAAAGGGAGAAUGCCGAGAUAGAGGAGGCCAUCAAGCGGUCACUGGAAGAGAACCAAGCCACAAAACACCAGCAUCAACUGGUGAAAUACACAACGAAUUAUGUGGACUGCGGCACAGAUAGACACCGCCUUGCUGUCUGUCAGGAUACCACCCCCACGACCGAUCAGGCUAUGAUAGCCGUCACCGAGCCCCCUCCCACCGAAGGGGAACCAGACAACCACGCCGCCACCACCACACGACACCGAUCCGAGAGCACCGACAAUGCGGCAGAACAGUCACCAGAGGGGCCACACGCACGGUCGCUGCCCCCGCCCGCCCUCAAGCCCGACUCGCUGCCCACCACGCCGCAAGACUCAGAGAGAGAGCCGGGAGGAAGGGAGGCCGAGACGGCAGAGGAGGUUGUUGUUGUCGCGGAGGAAGAUGUGGACAGGGAGCGGUGAGACAAUAUGAGGGGAUAAGAGAAUACUGCAGUGUGUGUAUUCCGUUGCGUGUGUGGCGUUCAGGGGUGAUGAGGGGAGAGAAGAGGCGCCUGAGGACUCACAUGAGAGGGAGAGGGAGAGGGAGCCGGAGAGUGUCGAGCAUAGGGCAGGGAGAGGGGAGGUCCCAGCAUUCACCGUCGACACUUCCAUGCCAGUGGCAUGCACCGGCAACCUCCGUGUCAAGUAAUGUCAUGCAAUCGGGGGAAAGACUCCGUCCAGUGCUGAUUGGUACUUGGCUGAUCUCCUCUGUCUGUCUGUCUGCCUGGCAGGUGCCGUUACUGUCGCGGCCUGAGGUGUGCUGACAUGGCCAUACUCAAAGGCAAAAGCUCCUCAGACCCAUACGCCGUCGUCCACUUCCCGGUCAGUCAUCAUGACUGACCCGUACUCUCGACCACAAAAGACACAGCACUCACAUCGGUUCCUGCCUUGUCCAUUCUGCAGGUGGGGCCUGGUUUGAUAGAGAAGUGGACAACGAGCGUGGUGAGGAAGAACGUCGACCCUGACUUGGAAGAGGAGGCCGUCUACCGCGUCCAGUGGGAGGCGGGCGAUCCCUCACCACCGAGCGAGCUGCUGGUGGAGGUGUUUGACUCUGACUUCGGCAAGAGCGACGACUUCCUCGGCCAGGUCUUCGUGCCGCUGCUGUGGACAUCGCCCGGCCUGCACAGGCACUACGACCUGCCACUCUUGUCAGACACGUCCAAAAACCGACAUGAAGCCAAGGUACCUUUUGUGUCACUUACCCACGAGGACACACGGUCUGUCUGCCUUCAUCGUCAUAUCAGGGGUCCAUUUCCCUCGACAUCGAGUGGACGCCAGACGCCCCGCCACCACUACCACCACCAACACCACCACCAGCACCAGCACCAGCAGAAGCAGAGGCCACAGCAGAGAGAGAGGAGGGCGUGGGGGCCAGCGUCCCCCCUGCCGCUGCUGCAGCAGCGGCCGUCAAGGAGGUCCGCACCGUCCUCAGAGGGGGGUCCCUCAGCCAUCUCAGAGGCGCCGGCGGGCCACAGACAGACGCACACCCAGAGCCGCUGACCUCCGUCCCGCCCGAAGCCAACGAGCUGAUCAGCCGCGAGGCCGUCGGUGCGGGCCGCACCGUCACGGGCGUGUCGCGGGCCCUCGCGGACGGAGGCACAGACGCCGACUCACUCAUCGAAGAGGAAGACAACGAAGAGCAGGAGGAGGGACCAGUGCCCGCAGCGCGGCCAGAAAAGUCGUCAUGGGUCUCCCGUGUGCUGUCGUGCGUGUGUGGGAGGCGGAGAAGGCGUCGGCCGUUCCGGAGUCCGAGUCAGAUGGACGAUGAGGACGAGGACAUGCCUGACGUGGUGCCGUUUCCGUGGAAUAUUGGGAAGGAGGUUGAGAUGUGGGCGGGGUAUGGUGUGCCGCUGGAUUGGGAUGAGAGGCAGCGGCUGCUGAGGGAAGACAGAGACGACAUCGAGCCUUUCAAAGACGUGUAAGCGAGAGAGACAUGUGCACGCGAAAGCUAUUCCCAUGAGAAAUUGAUUCUUGUCUCUCUGUCCCUGUCUCUCUGUCCCUCUCUAUGUCAGUGCGCAGCUGCAGGCAACGAAGGUUUUGCACAAGUAUGCCCUGGCCUUCGCCGUCCUGCUGCUGCUGUGUCUCUGCGGCCGGCUGUUCCCCUUCCUCAUCCUGCCCCUGGCGGCCGCACUCCUGUGCUGCGUCAUGCUCGUCUACCAUGGCAGCCCCUCUGACACCCCUGCACCCGCACCAAUCGCACAGGAGCAUCGCAAGCUCACCUUGGGCCACGACAUACCGGGAUCGCCGCGGUCAAGGAAGGUCAGCACGUGUGUGUGGCUGGGUGGGGUGCUGCAGUCCAACCUGGAUCGAACAUCUACAUCUGUCUGUGUGUGCGUGAUGUGAUGUGAUGUGGUGUUUGAAAGGCGUUCGCGGAGCCGAUAUUCUAUCCGGCUGAGAUCGCAAGGUUCCCUCACUACACACAGGUGGAGUUCCUCAACAGGUAAGUAAAAGCAUCUUGGGCGGGGCGACGCCUGCGACCCUCGCUGUAUGCAGGCUUCUGGCUGCCCUGUGGCCGAGCAUGGUGGUGCAGCUUGACAGCAUCAUCUCAACGUCGCUCCCCAAAUGGCUCGCCCCAAAGUGCGUGGCGAGCGAAACAAACGCCGCGUAUCCGCCUUUCUCUCUCACCCCUCCAAUGUGUGUGUGUCGUGUGCGCAGGAUAGCGACCCUGGGAUCGCGCCCGCCGCUGCUGGUGUCUGUCAACGCCUACAAGGGUGUUCCGUGCAUGAUAGACGUCGACCUGAGGUGGACGUCGGGCAUCACUCUUGACCUGCCACCUCUGGGCGGCCUCGAUAACGUGACGGUGGAGAUGCUGCUGAGGAUCGGGCUGUCCCACUGGGUGGAAGUGGUACGUGCACAUCUUGCGGUCUCAUACGUUCGUCCACCAAUGCAUCUCGGAAUUGUUCCUUGGGUCUGUCGUUCUGUGUGUCUGUGCGUAUGUGUGUGCCUAUGUCAGCCGUCGUGGGUUGGGCAGGUAUCCGUCUGUCUCCUUCGCGUACCCACCAUCACCCUCCAUGUGAGCAGACAGACAGACAGACAGACAGCAAGACAGACCACCAAUUAGUGUAGGGAUUUCCCCCAUGCAUGGGCAUUCCUCUCUGACUCCACCGUCAGCUGAAGGGCCUGCUCUGUGCCGUGCACCCGAUGCUCGUCUGGCCGGUGCAGCUGGUGCUGCCGCGGGUCCUUAUGUGGCUGCUGGGGUGGCCAGCCAGGUUCGACAUUCCCCUGAUGCCCUCGGAUGAGCUGCAGCACCACUCGGCCAAGGGGCUGCUGCAGGUGCACGUCCGUCAGGGGCAGCAGCUGCGGGCGAGCGACAUAUCCCUGUGGGGCAAGGCAUCGUCGGACCCUUAUGUGCUGGUGCGGGUGUCGGAGGAGGCCAAGUCGUGGAGAACCAAAUCUGUCAGCCGAUCGCUCAACCCGCAAUUCAACGAAGUGGGCGUUACUUAUACUGACAGAACACAGCACAAAGCAAAGAGAUGGCCUGCCGCGACGCGAUGGGUCUCUCUCUCUGUCUGUAUGUCCUUAUGUCAGAUUUUCCACAUUCCUUUGACCAACCCCACGGCGCGUCUGCUGUAUUUCCACGUCUACGACAAGGACAAGGUGGGCUCUGACGACCUCCUGGGCUUCGCGCGGGUGCCUGUCAAGGAGAUAGUCGAGAAGGGCACCUGGGACGGCAGGCUCGAACUCGCACCGCCAGAGUUCUGCAGGCACGCCACAUCGACGCGAAGCACGGCACACCAACCAUGGUCGCUCUCUCCCCUCUCUCUCUCUCUCUCUGUGUGUGUGUGUGUGUGUGUGUGCCUUUUGCAGCACUGAGGAGAGCCGCAACCCCAACACGAGGGGCGAGGUGAUGCUGGAGGCCCUGCGGUCGUUCAACGAGGAGGACAGGUCGCCCACAGCACCAUCGCCUGCAGCCAGAAGCGACACCGGCACCGACCACCGACUCAGACAUGGAGUCAAGACGUCAGCCACCACAUAAAGAUCAGGCCUCAGUGGAUGCAUCAGGGGACUAGAGACACGUACGUAAUGUAGCGUCUGAUGUGGUGUGGUGUGGUGUGGUGUCAUGUUUAGUCAGCUGAAGAGCGUGUGGGCCAAGGCGGGGAAGCGGCCCCCCUCCGCGGGCAAACUCUAUGUCCGCCUCUCAUGGCUGCCGCAAGCACCAUGUAGGCGCACAGAACAGACACACACACAAACACUCCAUCAGAUGUCUGUCUGUCUGUCUGUCACUCCGUGUCUCCUCACUCACGUCAUUUCAGCAGCAAGGAUCACCGAGGCUGCCCGUGUUUCGAUCUUCGGAGGGGUGCUGACAGCCAUGCCAUCUCCAACCAAACCCACACACACAUCAUGAGUGAUGUCUCCGUGUGGGAUGUGUGUGUGUGCAGGUGCCUCCCGAGCUGGACAUCGACCACGAAGGCAUCAUCUCCCCCCAGCCGACCGACGCCGAGACACGCAAGUCCCGCUCAUUCCCGGAGCUGCAGACGCUCGAGUCCUUUUUGCACGACGCAUUGGGGGGCGGUCUGCUGUCCGUCACCCUCAUCCGGGCCACCAACCUGCGGGCGGCCGACUUCAACGGCUUCUCUGACCCCUAUGCACUGCUGACCAUACUCAACGCGGGAUGCGACGUCAAAGUGCAGCGAAGCAAGGUGGGAGGGAGAGACGGGGGAUGCGCCCUCCGGUGAAUGGGGAAAUAAGUCCCUGUCUGUCUGUCUGUCUGUCUAUCUGAUUUGGGUGGGUGGGUGUUUGGAUGCGCUGCAGACGAUCAAGAGGAAUCUGAAUCCCGUGUGGCGGGAGGAAUUCCUUUUCGACGUCCGCACAGUCGACGACGCCAGGCUGAAGGUAAGUAGGCAACGCAGUCACCUUGAUAUGUCAGUCAUCUCGUUGUGUUGUGUGAGCCUGUCUGGUCGUGUGGUGUGGUGUGGUGUGCACUGCAGGUGGUGGUCAAGGACAGGGAUGUUAUCGGCAAAGACGACUUCCUGGGCCAGGUGGAGGUACCCGUGCGUGAGCUGCUGGACGGCCACCACCAGGGAGACAUCAGAUUGGAGGAGACCAAGGGCGUCCCAUCCACCCUGCAGCUGGAGGCCCACCUCACGCGCACCUAAGUGACCAAUUGCUGUG